CGGUGGAGAAAACUGGCGAUCCUCCUCCUGGCUUUGAUGUCGGCCUCGGCAGCACCGGCGCCGGCGCCGGAGACAUCCCCGGCCCCGGCCCCGGACUCACAGGGCGACUGCACGGAGUCGCUGUUGGGACUGGCGAGCUGCCUGUCGUUCGUGAUUGUUGGCGCCACAGACAAGAAACCCGAUGCCGCGUGCUGCUCUGGCCUGAGGGAUGUCUUGAAACAGGACGCCCUCUCGGGAACCCACGCUAUGGCCACUUGCAUGUGCCAAUCCUUCAAAGAUCAGGCAAAUCUCGGCCUCAACCUCAGCACCACCAGGGCCCAAUCUCUACCUCGGGACUGCAAAGUUAAAUUCCCCCACAUUCCCAACUGUGAUUUCAGCAGUGGCGGACCAAGUGCUUCCCCUGUCCCAGCUCAAUCACCAGUGGCUAUAGCGCUCCCCAGUGGCUCAAACCCCCCGAGCAGCGUGGCUCCGAGUAGCCCAGCAGACACACCAGAAGCCAACAGUGCGCCAGCUGGAUCUACCUCGGCUGCCACAUUUUUGCUGCCGGCCAAAUUAGUCAAGAUGCUCUUUCUUACUUUAAUGUCCACCGUGUUUGUUUCUGUUUCUCUAUGCUGAGAUCUACAGCGCUUGUGCUGUUGGGUUUUUGGGUUUAUGUCGGAGUUCCUUCGUGUUUACAGGACUUCUUUUUCUUUUAUUACGUAUGAUUUUAAUUUUAGUAUAUUGAUACAUGGGAAUGAAUUCUUAUCGACUUUUGGUUGCAUCUGAUGGACAUUUUGUUUGUGGUUUUGGUCAUUAUGAUGGUUAAUUGCAAUUGCAUUUCAGAUCGGAAAAUCUGUUUGCUAGGCAUUCUAGUUUGAUUACCGGCUGGCAUCUAUCUAUCUGUUUGGAAAUUGAUUAACUGAGAUAUACCAC